CAAAACGGCAGUCUGUGAUAUUCCCCCCCGUGGUCUAAAAAUGUCAGCUACUUUCUUAGGCAAUACUACAGCUGUUCAGGAAGUUUUUAAGCGUGUUUCUGAACAAUUUACCGCUAUGUUUCGUCGCAAGGCUUUCCUUCAUUGGUAUACAGGCGAGGGUAUGGAUGAAAUGGAAUUUACUGAAGCUGAAAGUAAUAUGAAUGAUGUCAUUGGAGAAUAUCAACAGUACCAAGAAGCCACAGCCGAUGAGGAAGGCGAGUUUGAGGAGGAUGAAGAGGGUGGUGCAGAAUAAUUAUUUUAGAAAAUUAUUGUUUAUUUAACUUGUUAUUGACAUUAAAUUUCCAUAUGUACAAAAAUUACAAAU